CUCGGCUUUCUCUUCUCUCCACUGCAUUAUUUACGCCCGUUUUUAUAAUACAAUGUCUUCUCCGCCUGCCCGCAGACUGCGCACUCGCAACGACAAGCAGGAGAGCAAGUUUGACAAACUGCGCCGGCUGCGCGAGACGGGCAAGUCGGCCCUCGACCUCAUGAAUGACUCGGACGACGAUGAAAUGUACAGAAAGGUCGAUGAGGACGAGUACCAGCGCAUCAUGCAAGCACACGGCACCGACGAUUUCGUAGUGGACGACGAUGGCUCCGGCUACCCCAUCACAAAGCCCGAGACAUCGAAGCUCAACACCAUGUUCCGCAAUGCCCAGCUGAAGGCCCGCCACGCCCCCAAGCCCAAGGCGCCAACAGCUGGCGAGGACGACGAGUUCUUUUCCAGUCUGCUCAGCGGCCUGGAGGCUGAGGCCCCAGUGACUCCGCAAAAGUCUGCCAAGCGGCGACCCACCACGCCCAUGUCGCAUAGAUCUCCAUCAGUGACAUUUCCGACCUGCCUGAUCCAUUCGGUCCGCCGCCCGCCAAGAAGCAGAAGCCCGAUGACGAAUGUUGAUGACGACGAUGUCUUUGCAAUCAAGCAGGAGGAUAGGGAGCAUGAAUUGCUGCCAGCUGCUACUGGGGACAUGGACGUGGACAUGGAUGUGGACAUAGACCUGGCCGAUCUCGGCGAGGCAAUCAUGGACGACAUUCGAUGGAUGAGCCCGCCAAGCCCAUCGAGCCGCUGUAUGCCGAAGACACUGCCGACAAGGGCACCAACUGGAUGGACGUGCAAACUAGUGUCGCCACCAGCCAGCCCGCCGCGCCCUCCCAGACUGACGUCCCGGCGCUCGAAAAGGGUGAUCUCUGCAUGUACUGGCUCGAUGCAUUUGAGAAGAACGGCAAAGUCUAUCUGUUUGGCAAAAUCCAGACUGCCGCUGGCUACCAGAGCUGCUGCGUGCAGGUCUCAGGCAUUAUGCGCUAACGUGUUUGUCCUGCCCCGCAUUGACCCAGCCACCGGCGAGCGCUUCAAUGCCGUGGAUGUCCACAAGGAGUUUGAGAAACUGGCGCUCCCGCUAAUCCGCAAGUUUGGCUGCAAGCCAGUUACGCGCAAAUACGCAUUCGAAAUUGCUGGCGUGCCCAGCGAGGCAGACUUGUUCCUCCUCAAGCGCCGCAUCAUGGGCCCUUGCUGGCUCACGCUGCACGGUGCCACGCCCGUUGAACACCACGACCGCCUCUCGUGGUGCCGCGCCGAAUGCGCCAUUGCCGACCCCAAACUCGUCAAGGUCAUGAGUGACUCUGCCAUCGAGGAGAAAUCCCUGCCGCGCGAGCCCCCGCUGACCACAAUGACGCUCAGCCUAAAGACCGUCAUGAACCACAAGGCGAAGGAGAACGAGGUUGUCGCCCUCAGCAUGCUUGUCCACCGCAACAUGAAGCUCGACGACCCCAAGCCGGCCGCCGAGCGCCAGGCCGACCAGUACACCGUCCCGAGUUCUCGCGCCAGCGCGGCCUGGCAGUCGAAGUGUGCUAAGUCGGAAACUGCGCUGCUCAACUACUUUAUUGCAAUACUGCACCGCAUCGACCCGGACAUUCUGAUCUCCCACAAUUUUUACGGCUUCGACCUCGACGUGCUACUGCACCGCAUGCGCGCAUUGCGCACUGACGGCUGGUCCAAGCUCGGACGGCUGCGUCGCAUCCAGUGGCCCAAUAUGAGCACUGGCGGGUCAGGCUACGCUGAGCGCCAGAUUGUCGCCGGUCGCGUCGUCUGCGACACAUACAUGGCCAGCAAGGACCUGAUCCGCGCCAAGUCAUACUCAAUGAGCUCGCUGGCUGCCCAGGAGCUGCAGAUCAAGCGCGAGGAAAUCCCGUUCGAGCGCAUUCCCGAGUACUUUGCUACGUCGCAGAAGCUGCGCAACGAGUUCCUGCUGCUGCACGAGUUCUACCGCAACAAGUUUAUCCGCCCUGACAAGGUCUUUGGCAAGCAGGCGCAGCCGACCGAGGCCAAUGAUGACGACGACCAGCCCGAGGUCCAGACCGGCCGCCGCAAGCCCGCCUACAUGGGCGGUCUCGUGCUCGAGCCCAAGCGCGGCUUCUACGACCGCUACGUGCUCCUGCUCGACUUCAACUCGCUGUACCCGUCGAUUAUCCAGGAGUUCAACAUCUGCUUCACCACGGUCCGUCGCACCGCCGAGAACCCCGACCUGCCGUCACCUGACACGCCUGCCGGCAUUCUGCCGCGCCUGCUCAAGACGCUGGUGGACAGGCGCCGCCAGGUCAAGCAGCUGCUCAAGGCCCCGAACCUAUCGCACGAGGAAUCAGAGCAGCUGGACGUGCGCCAGCGUGCGCUCAAGCUCACGGCCAACUCCAUGUACGGCUGUCUCGGCUUCACCUUCUCGCGCUUCUACGCCAAGCCCCUGGCCAUGCUGAUUACCUCGCGCGGCCGCGACAUCCUCCAGGCCACCCGCGACCUGGCGCUUUCCGAUGGCCUCGAGGUAAUCUAUGGCGACACUGACUCAAUCAUGAUCGCCACGCAGACCGACGAGCUCGCUGACGUCUAUUCGCUGGGUGGCCAGUUUAAGCGCCGCGUCAACGAGCGCUACCGUCUGCUGGAGCUCGACAUCGACGGCGUUUUCAAGCGCCUGCUUUUGCUCAAGAAGAAAAAAUACGCCGCCCUGCUCAUUUCCCCCAGCGGCGAAACCAAGCUCGAAACCAAGGGCCUGGACUUGGUCCGCCGCGACUGGUGCGAGCUCUCGCACGACGUCUCGGACUUUGUCCUCAAGCGCAUGUUCCAAAACAACACCGACGAGGCCUGCCGGUCGGUCGAUGCCGUCCGCGCCAAGCAGGUGCCGCUCGACAAAUACGUGAUCCACAAGGGCCUCACCAAGGCACCCGAGACGUACGCGGACAAGAAAUCCCAGCCCCACGUCCAGGUCGCCCUGCGCAUGCGCGAAAAGGGCCAGGCAGUUCGCCAAGGCGAUACUGUCCCUUAUGUCGUCUGCGACCCGAAGUGCGUCAGCGGCGACAGCUAUGCUGAGCGUGCCAGACACCCGGACGAGAUCAAGGAGUCUGCCGGCCAGCUGUAUCCAGACAGCGACUGGUACCUCAACCAGCAGGUCCUUCCGCCAUGUGCCCGCCUGCUCGAUCCCCUGGAUGGCACCGAUAUGCCUACCCUGGCACAGUGCCUUGGCCUCGAUGCCAGCAAAUACCACAGUGCCAUCCGCUCGAGCGAGCCGCAGCCCGCUGACGCUCUGCGCACCCUGGACUCGCAGAUCUCCGACACCGAGCGCUUCCGCCUCGCCCAGCCCUUCAUGGCCACAUGCCCCGAAUGCAAGUUGCAGUAUGAGGUUGGCGGCAUUGUGCGUGCACAGGGUAGCAAAACCGAAUGCGGCCUCUCCUGCACACACUGCAAUGCCCUGCCGACGCCGGCCCAGCUCGCCACCCAGAUGGCACUGGUGAUCAGGCACCAUAUACGCAGGUACUACUGCUUCGAGAUGGCUUGUGAUGAGCCUGCCUGCGGCCUGCACUCGCGCGCCAUGUCCGUUGCUGGAUCGCGCUGUCUGCGCCCGCACUGCUCGGGCAAGCUGCACGAGAUCCUGUUCUUCAGCGCUAUUCUCAAUACCGAGCGCUCGGCCACACGCCUGGGCCUGCCUGCCAGCGACGUCCGUAUCAUCAGAGAUGCACACAUGGAGCAUAUCUCGAAGCUGGCUUCUGUUGUCGACUCGUAUAUGUCAGUGUCUGCGCGUCGAUUUCGUGGACAUGUCUACAUUGUUCUCGUUCUGCAGGAUCUAGAAUCACCGAUAUCCAUUUUUGGUCAUAUACUGGCGAAUGGCUCAUGCGAAGUGGGAAUGGUAAGGGAUGCCAUGCUGAAGUAG